GUUUUUUUACACAAAAACCUAGGUCAUACUUAUCUACGGUACAUAAGAAUUGAAUUAAGGUAUAGUAAAGAAUUUCCGUGGAAAAUAUGAAUGAAGACGGCAUAGUCUCCAGCCCAUUCCCGAAAGUGAGCGAUAAACUCGCUGAAGGAAGGGAUUUGUGGGAAUUCAUCCAGGAACGAAUUAAACAAGUCAUUCGAAACAAUGGAGACAAGCCGAUGUGGAUCGACGGGAUUGCGGACAAAAGCAUCACUUACGCACAAUUCCUGGACCGAGUGGAAAAAAUGGCUCAUUUUUUCAGCCAAACUUUGGAGAUGAAACGAGGCUCAAAAUUGAUCAUGAGCUGCUGUGGUGACGUGAAUUUCUUCGUCGUCGUUUUUGCGGCUGUUGCUCUUGGAAUACUGGUAUUUUCCAUUCCGUCAUACGCCCUUGAAUGCAUCCCGAUUUGUCUUCGGGAAGAUGCUGGUAUAAAAGUUAUUGUCUGUGACGAGGACAAUGUCUCGAACAUCACGGAACUUCUCGCUUCAGCUGAAACAAAUUCAAGAGAAACUGGAGAGCAAAUCGAAAGUCCGAAAGUUUUUCUAAUCGAAGGAGAUCAUCCGAUAUAUGAGAACAUCCCCUCAAUAUUGCAGUCAUCAGCAUUGGCUGAAACGAACGACGAUCGUAUCAAUUAUCCGGAGAUAGACGACGGCGAUGAAGAUUGCGUCGUAUUUUUCUCCAGUGGCAGCACUGGAGUGCCAAAACCUAUUGUUCACACCAGAGCCAAUAUGCUGUCCAUCGCCUUCAACGUAUCCGACAAUUGGGUCAGCAAGGAAAAAGAAAGUGAAGUGAAGUUAUCCACCUUCAAUCAGGGACACGCCGGUGGGUUCAUCAUGUUUAUUCUCAAUCUCACCGCUGCCUCUACAUUGGUGGGUGUAUCCAAACCGACUCCUGAAAAUAUCUUGCGAGCCAUCGAAAAAUAUCAGACAACAGCGGUCAACAUUUAUCCAAAGCAAGCCAUCCUUAUAAGUAAAAUGGACAAUUUGCACAGUUUCAACUUGUCAUCUGUCAAGGAACUUUCAUCAUCCGCCGCUACAUUUCCCAAUUCUAUCAUCCCGACGCUGAAAACUGUGUUUUUCAACGUAAAACGACCAGUAGAACAGCUGUACGGUUCCACUGAAACGCUGUGCAUAAGUUCGUCCACCGGAAUAGGCGCUGAUGAAAAUGAAGCUGGGGUUGGACACCUUCUGCCUUAUGCACAAUUAAAGGUGAUUGAUGUGCGAAGUAAUAAAGCUCUGGGACCAAAUCAGCCGGGAGAAAUUCUCAUUCGCCACAAAUUCAGAUUUAAAGAAUAUCGUCAUCGCUCUAAGCUAACAGCGGAAUCCUUAGCGGAAGAUGGAUGGUUUCUAAUGGGCGACUACGGUUUCUACGACGAAAACGGACGACUUCACAUUCUCGACAGAGUCAAAGAGCUUAUAAAUCUGCCCGACGACAGGAUUGUGUCCCCCUCCCAUAUUGAAGACAUUACCUUACGCCAUCCAGCCGUCAAGCUCGUAGGUGUUUCUGGGAUACCGUCCAUUGAAGGAGGCUCACUUCCCAGGGCUUUCGUUGUUCCACUCUCUUAUCAUAACUCAAUUGAAGCAUGGGAAAUCGUCACAUUCGUGUCAGCUCAAGCAGGUGAGUCCAGUCAUCUGCAUCUGAUUGGUGGGGCCGAGGUCGUACCGGAAGGGAUGGAGAUUACGAGUCUCGCUGGCAAAAUAUAUCGCACGAAGCUUCAGCAACUGUAUCUUUCGCGCUUGCAGAGAAACGCUACUGAUAGCUGAACAAAAGCUCUCGAGUCUCGACAAGUAGAUGCGUUGUUUGACUCAACAUGCGUGUGAUGUAUGUAGUGUAUAUGCAGAAAUAAAAAUAUUAGCGCUCUAACAGCAUUGAAAACA